AUGACAUCUCAGGCUGUAUUCAACUGGGACCGUGAUACUCUCGAAGGUGUACAUAAUAUGCUAGAAUUAAUAAUUCGUUUAAUUUGUGAAUAUAUGGCUGUACUGAAAGUAACUAUUCUUGAAGAGAUGAAAGAAGGCACCGACGAUGAUACUGUACAAACGUCGUCUGUGAAAAAUAAACGUAUCCAAUCACUUGAAGGAUUAAAAUGCAGAACAUUUUUAUUCACUGAAACAUUUCAACUACUUUCUAUGAUUUUCGAUUGUGAAACGAAUUAUCAUCAAUUGUGCCGAGAUAGAAAUAGCAAUACUGGAACGUAUGCGUAA